AUGUGGAUACCAAGUUCGGAUGUUUUAUUAAAUAGUUUUAAUACUACUACUGCACGGCAGAAACUAGCCGGUAUACUUACUAUUACACCCGUCGUUGGAAGUGCUGUUGGUGCAGCAUAUGACGUUUGGAAAGAGUACGAUGUAGUCUCAUUUCUUGGGUCGGAUAAUGUGAGUUCUAGUCAUACGACCGAUCGAGUGGAUGGAAAUUAUUACAUUGUAAAAAACAUCUAUCAGUCAUCGGAUAGUUUAAAUUAUACUCCAGUGCUAGUAUGGUCCGAUUCGAGUGACUGGAAUCAGAAUGCAAGAACAAGUGUGAUUAGAUGGCCAAACACUACGCCGACAGUUCCGAAAGAUUAUGCAUCUGUAUUCGGUCUCAUAGUGCGAAUUGCGAUGAUCGAUUCAGUACCAUUCACGUUGCUUACAGAAGCUACAAGUGCAUCAGGUGGAACAACAACUAAACUAGUCGGAUACAUACCAGACCUGGUUGCGCAGUUGCAAAAUCGAAUGGAAUUUGUUGCUAAUUUUACUUUCUUUUCGUCUGACCAAUCUUACAACAAACUUCUCGAUGAUGUGACUAACGGUACUUUUGAUAUGCUUAUUGGUGACGUCACUAGCACUUCUGCCAGAAGAGGAAAGGUUGGCUUUUCCAGUGUUAUAUUCGACAGUUCCUUGCAUCUCAUUCCAUUCUCUCUGAAACUUUGGCUUGUGCUACUCGUUGCAACAAUUUACGCCGGUUUUUUAACAACGAUUUUAGAAAAGCAACGAAAAGAAGCACUGCAAGGUCGAUCAUUAAUUUCACUGAUCGCGAUGAAUAUGUGGUUUGCGUUCAGUGCAAUUGUUGGCUUCGAUGCAGACUUUCAUGUAUCAACAGCAGCUGGUCGUUUAUUCACUGUCGGUCUGUAUAUUCUAGGCUUAGCACUAGUUGCAGCAUAUACUGCUAAUUUGGCAUCCGAACUGACUUAA